GGAAGGCUGAGGGGAGCCAGCGCAGGAAGAGGUGAGCCGGCUGCGGUGGCAGCAGCGCCCUCCCUCCGCACAGCGUGGUAAGGCCCGGCCCCUUCGGACCACCCAGAGACCCCUGGGCCUCCACCGGCCUCCACGGCUGGAGCAGGGCUGGGCCCAGGGCACAGAUGGAGACCUCCUGCACCCCCAGUCUCGGCAAGCCCAGACCACCAUCGAGGCCUGGGAGGGUCCUUCAUAUUUCCAUAUUUCUGCUCUUCCCUCCCAAAAAAUGUCUGCUGGGAUUUUGCAUGGGCUAUCAGUGAAUCGAUAGACUUCCGAUCAGUCCCUGCUAGUCGCUGCACCUGCACUGACACGUCACCGACGCCCAGGCCCGCGGCCUGACGAGGACUCUCAGCGUUGAUCGCCCAGGCGUGGACAGGUGCAUACUGACACUCCGCCCAAGUCACAGAAGCAGUGCGGCUGCCCAGAGGACCCUGCUCUGCCGGCCGCCCCUCUCCACCUGGGCUCGCCACCAUCUCCAUACGCCCACCCCUCCAGGUCACAAAUGAGGACACCAAGGCAGCCCACCCAGGGUCGCCCUGCUGCUCCUGGCUGUGAUCCCGGACUCCAUGAGGAGGCAGGAGAUGCGGCCAGGUGGGGAGGCCGGCUCCCCUGCUGAGCAGGUGAAAGCCCUGGUGGACUUGCUGGCUGGGAAGGGGAGUCAGGGCUGCCCGGCCCUGCAGGUCCCUGAGAGCACGCCAGACAGCCCGCUGGGGCCCCGCGGCAAUGAUGCAAAGAUCCAGAAGCACCGCGAGGCCCUGCUGACCAGGGUGGGUAGCGGUCCCGAGCUGCAUGACGCUGCACACAGGCUGGGUGGCCUCCUGCUGGUGGAGGGCCUGACGGACCUGCAGCUGAGGGAGCACGACUUCACGCAGGUGGAGGCCACCCGUGGGGGCUGGCGCCCCGCCAGGACCGUGGCCCUGGACAGGCUCUUCCUGCCUCUCUCGCGGGUGUCCAUCCCACCCCGUGUCUCCGUCACCGUUGGGGUGGCUGGCAUGGGCAAGACCACCUUGGUGAGGCACUCCCCCCGCCUCUGGGCCCAGGGCCAGGUCGGCUCGGACUUUGCCCUGGUGCUGCCCCUGACCUUCCGUGACCUCAACGCCCACGAGAAGCUGUCCGCCGACAGGCUCAUCCACACCGCCUUCCCACACCUGGGAGAGCCUGGCCUGGCCCCGGCCGCCCUGUCCAGGGUCCUGCUGAUCCUGGACGGCCUGGACGAGUGUAAGACACCGCUGGACUUCUCCAACACCGUGGCCUGCACAGACCCCAAGAAGGAGCUCCAGGUGGACCGCCUGGUCACCAACAUCAUCCGGGGUAACCUCUUUCCGGAAGUUUCUGUGUGGGUUACUUCUCGUCCUGGUGCAGCUGGCCAGGUCCCAGGGGGCCUGGUGGACAGGAUGACUGAGCUCAGGGGAUUUGAGGAGGAGGAGGUCAAGGCGUGUUUGGGGCAGAUGUUCGCUGAGGACCAGGUCCUCCUGGGCUGGGUCCUGGGCCAGGUGCAGGCUGACAGGGCCCUCUACCUGAUGUGCACCGUGCCAGCCUUCUGCAGGCUCGCGGGGCUGGCACUGGGCCACUUGGGCCGCAGUAGGUCAGGGCCCCAGCCCCUGCAGCUGUGGCCACCGAGGACGCUGUGUGAACUCUACGCCUGGUAUCUGCGGAUGGCCCUGAGCAGGGACGGGGAGAAGGGCAAGGCGAGCCUGAGGAUCGAGCAGGUGGCCCUCAGCAGCCGCAAGAUGGUGGGGACACUGGGUCGGCUGGCCUUCCAGGGCCUGGUCAAGAAGAAGUACGUGUUUUACGAGCAGGACCUGAAGGCAUUCGGGGUGGACCUGGCUCUGCUGCACGGCUCCCCGGGCAGCUGCUUCCUGCAGCGGGAGGAGACGCCAGCUGCCGCGGCCGCCUACUGCUUCGCCCACCUGUCCCUGCAGGAGUUCCUGGCGGCCGCGUAUUACUACGGGGCCUCUAAGAGGGCCAUUUUCGACCUCUUCACGGAGAGUGGCGUGUCCUGGCCCAGGCUGGGCUUCCUCACACACUUCCGGAGCGCAGCCCAGCGGGCCAUGCAGGCCGAGGAUGGGAGGCUGGACGUGUUCCUGCGCUUCCUCUCCGGCCUCUUGUCUCCCAGGGUCAAUGCCCUGCUGGCGGGCACCCUGCUGGCCCAGGGAGAGCACGAGGGCUACCGGGCCCAGGCCGCUGAGCUGCUGCAGGGCUGCCUGCGGCCGGACGCCGCCGUGUGUGCCCGUGCAGUCAACGUCCUGCACUGCCUGCAGGAGCUGCAGCAUACACAGCUGGCCCGCGGCGUGCAGGAGGCCGUGGGCAGCGGGGCUCUGGCCGGGCUGAGCAGCCCCUGCCACCGCGCUGCCCUGGCCUACCUCCUGCAGGUGUCGGACACCUGUGCUCAGGAGGUCAACCUGUCCGCGUGCCUCGGGCAGGGCGUCCUCCGCAGCCUGCUGCCACAGCUGCUCUACUGCCGCAGCCUCAGGCUGGAUGCCAACCAGUUCCAGGACGCCGUGAUGGAGCUGCUGGGCAGUGUGCUGAGCGGGAAGGACUGCCGUACCCAGGAGCUCAGUUUGGCUGAGAACCAGAUCAGCAACAAAGGGGCCAAGGCCCUGGCCAGAUCCCUCCUGGUCAACAGAAGUCUGACUUCCCUGGACCUCCGCGCUAACUCCAUCGGACCGCUAGGGGCCAAGGCACUGGCAGAUGCUCUGAGGAUCAACCGCACCCUGACUGCCCUAAGCCUCCAGGGCAACGGGAUCAAGGAUGAUGGUGCCAGGGCCAUGGCUGAGGCCUUGGCCUCCAACCAGACCCUCUCCGUGCUGCACCUGCAGAAGAACACCAUCGGGCCUAUGGGUGCCCAGUGGAUGGCAGAUACCCUAAAGCAGAACAGGAGUCUGAAGGAGCUCAUGUUCUCCAGCAACGGCAUUGCUGACGGGGGUGCUGCGGCCCUGGCCGAGGCCCUGAAGGUGAACCAGGGCCUGGAGAGCCUGGACCUGCAGAGCAAUUCCAUCAGUGACCCAGGGGUGGCAGCACUGACCCGCGCCCUCUGUACCAACCAGACCCUCCUCAGCCUCAACCUGCGUGAGAACUCCAUCAGCCCGGAGGGAGCCCAGGCCCUGGCGGGGGCUCUCCGCACCAACAGCACCUUGAGGAGCCUGGACCUGACGGCCAACCUCCUGCAUGACCAGGGAGCCCAGGCCAUCGCGGGGGCGGUGGGAGAAAACCACACACUCUUGUCGCUGCACCUGCAGUGGAACUUCCUCCAGGCCAGCGCCGCCAUAGCCCUGGGACAAGCACUGCAGCGCAACGGGAACCUGACCAGCUUGGAUUUACAGGAGAACGCCAUAGGGGACGAAGGCGCGACAGCUGUGGCCAGCGCACUGAAGACGAACACGGCCCUUACGGCUCUCUACCUCCAGGUGGCUUCCAUUGGUGCUGCGGGGGCCCAGGCGCUGGGAGAGGCCUUGGCUGUGAACAGAACCUUGGAGAUUCUCGACUUGCGAGGAAACGCCAUUGGGGUGGCUGGAGCCAAGGCCCUGGCGAAUGCCCUGAAGUCUUCAAGAGAAUUCCCUGGGUUUGGACGGGGCGCUGUGCAUCGCUACCGCACUGUCUGGAAACCACAGGCUCCAGCACAUCAAUCUCCAGGGAAACAACGUUGCAGAGUCUGGGGCCCGGAUGAUCUCGGAGGCCAUCACAGCAAACGCCCCCACGCUCACUGUGGAAAUGUGAGCCGGACGAGUUCCCGAAGGACCAGGCAGGAUGGGCAGAGACUCUGCCAGAAGUUUCGAAAUGGAAGGACUGGUUUCCAGGGCAUUUCCUGUGUCUGGGAAUCCUGGGAUCUGGGCACAAUGGGCCAGCACAAGAGCUGGUGUCCUGCACGGAGGAAGCAAAGGCCUCACCAAAGGGGGCACGAGCUCCUCGCAACCCAGCACCAGCCCAGGCAGGGGUAGAUGGGUGCUGUGCUACCCAGAGAAGGGAAGGGCUGCACCGAGGGACUCGGGAACAGGCCUGAAAGCUCGGCUGUGCAGGACGCGAGCUCUGGCUGACGUACACCCUGAGGGCUUCCCAUGGCCUCAACUUACCAAAAAUGACGCAUGCCCCUUUCCACUCUCUUGGUCAAAAUCAUCCCUCACUCUGAAAUGAGAUGCCUGUAAGAGCAUCAGUUUGGCAAAGGUGACAGAGGGGUCCUUUCCUGGUUUUCUUAAGAAGAAAAUGUUUUAGGGUUGUGAUCCUUAGGGAUAUUCGGAAAAAUACUAGGGAAUUUAUUAAGAUAAAUGAAGACCUUAUUUUAUUUUUUGCUAUAGGGCACAUGUGCUUGCCAGAAAGACAGAAAGCAAGAAAUGAACUGCAAGGGCAGAUGACCACGUCUCUCUCCCUUCUCCUCCAUUCUCUUCUCAGAAUUUUGGGCACACACGCACACACGCCCAGCAUGAGUUUAAACUACUGGGUCCAGGACUCGAACCUCAGGUGGCUACGUGCGAGUCCAGUGAAGUAACUCAAUGCCAUCUGUUGGUCCCAAUAAAUAAAGAUUUUAAGCCCAGAUUCUGCAGAGACAAAAGCCUCCCAGUGCUUUGCCACUGCUAUGAAAACUCGUGUCUCAGACAUCAAUGUCUGUGUGUGGAUCUGGAGUCCACCACGCUGGUUAUCAACAGCACAUUUGACGUGGAUGCCUUGACGUUAUUCUGCAUUAGGCUUCCAAAACCAUGACUAUGGCUUCAGCUUGCCUACAAAAACAACCAAGCUGAGCUUCUAUGUGGCACAAAUUCCCUCCGUUGUCUUAGGUUGAAAAAAAAAAUCCAAACAUACAUCAUAACUCUCAUCAAAUAAAUAAUCAAGGAAAAUGCUUAUGGAGGCAAUAUAAUGAUCACUUCAAAUUCUAAGAGAGAUCACUGUUUGAAACAUUUCUUUAAAAAUGAGCAUUCAGGGGCCAGCAGGUGGCAUAGUGGUUGAGGAUUUCCACAUAGUCAUCCACGGUUCGAGUCCUGGACCCAGCAGCUUGUAAAUCACA